UCCCCAGAGGGAUGUCUGACCAUGCUUUUGUUAUUGAAUCCGUCACUUCCGGUUGAACGAAACAUCCUGUGGGAGUCCUAGUGGGGUGGAGUAUUCUUUAUUCUGCAUUGACAAACAUGGCGGCCAAGAAAACUCUUAGUGGAGUAAUAAGCGAUGAAUGUACCUGUCCUGUUUGUUUAGAAGACUUCCUGGAGCCUAAGACACUACCUAAUUGUGCUCAUAAUGUGUGCAAAAAGUGUCUGGAGAAGAUAGUAGUUGAAGAAGAGAGGGAAAUACGCUGUCCUGUGUGUCGAAAGGAGUCGAAUAUUCCAAGCGAAGGAGUGAGUGGUUUUCCGACAAAUUGUUUGAUCGUGAAACUGUUGGAGGCCUCACCGGGACGGUUAGAAAGAAUCGAGCUACGAAGAUGUUUGGAAACUAUGAAGGAUGAGCUGCAAACUGUCGAGAGGGACCUUCGAAAGCUUGGAAAUCAGAAGCAGGAGAGACUUGAACGAUGCGAAACCCUCAAAAGUGAAAUCACGUCAACGGCGACUUCUUUAGUAAAAUUCAUCCGAAAACAAGAGAAAGACUUGUGUAGUAAAAUAGAUGAUAUCAUUGCUAAAGAUAUGGAAAUUCUAGGAUAUGAAAAAAGGAAAGAAGAAUGCGAAGGAAUUAGAAAAGAAUUGAGAGACUUCGUGUCUAAGACGGAGGCGGUUUUAAAAAAUAGCGAUGGACCGAAAAUAGUCGAGAUGAAAGAACGCCUCAUUGAGGAGGGAAAGACUGUCAAAAACAGGGCAAAGAAAAUCUAUACAGAAGAACCCCACUCUAUUAUUCUUUUAACACGGUUUGAGAAAAUUGUUUCUCUUCGUAAAGGAUUUGGAAGAAUUAAAACUGGGACGGAGAUAGAUUUUGAGUUAUCAGACGAUGUUGGAAGGAGUGAUUCGUUCUCAAGUCUCAAUGGAAGCUCAUUGCAGCGAACAAAUGGUUCUUUUGUGAAUUCCGUAGAAGCUAUGAAUUCUAGUUCAUCAACCAUAUCGGCUCUAGAUCUCUCGUUCCCUGUUUUUCAAUCGGCUUGUAUAACUCGUACGAUUUUGGGAAGUGUUAUUGGGCUAGAGACAAUUUCUCCAGUAGCUAUUGCAUCGAACCCGGUUACUUGCGAUAUUGCAGUAGCAGAGCCGGACAACAAUAGAAUUCUAGUGCUAAAUGGACAAGGAGGACUUAAAAAGAGAAUUGCUUCAGGAUCUUUGCCUUACUCAGGAGUAGCAUUCACAGGGGAUGGGGAAAUCAUUACAGUGUACAGCUCUAAGGAGUUGUUGCACAUUGACCCAAACACUGGGAAAAUCUCGGGCAAUUUCAAAACAACAGAUCAUGGGGUACGUCACCGAUCUGUCACAUGUGAUCAGACGGGUCGCCUUAUUGUCACGAGUGAGCCAUCAUCAAUGUUCUACAAGUCUGCCGUGUGUAUAUAUGGUGCCAAUAAUAAUAUUAAUGCACAGCGAGCGGUACUGAAAUUCCCUUGCUACGGCAGUAGUCUUACAUCUUCACCAUUCAAAGCCAUUUACCACCGAGGGGAAUACUUUGUCUCAGAUACUGCCAAAGGAUGUGUCGUUGUGUAUAAUGAGCAAGGGAACUAUGUACGGCAGUUUGGUGCAUGGGGUUCAAUGUUGCGGCGAGGAAAUGGACGAAGUAGAAAUGAGUAUGGUGAACUGACAUCACCCACAGGAAUUGCAUUGGACCCUACGGGCGAGAACUUACUGGUAUGUGAUGUGAGUACAAAGAGCAUUCAGAUGUACACCACAAGUGGGCAGUAUAUGAGCAAGUAUGUUUUAGAUGGAAAGCCUAGCGAUAUUACAGUACUUCGGGAUGGUACCAUCGUCAUCUGCUCCAAAACUGAUCACUGGAUUAAGUUUCUUUCAUUAUCUGGAACAGAUGAUGGUAACGACUAGAUAUGACAUGAAACUAGCUAAGAAAAAUGAACUCCAAACCUCUUUGUGCUUGGUAUGGGCAGGGCUGUCAACCCCCAAGAUAUUCAAAUCUGGAGAAUUGAUAGGGAAGGGAAAUGACGUCACAGCGCGUCAAAAAGCGCGCAAAAAGACGUCUUUCGCUUUGUAACAUUUGAUG